AUGAAGCUGGGAGAGAAGGUGGGAGAAGGAGCUAAGUCUACAAUCCCUACGGUAGACGACAGGGCAAAGCGGGCUCUUGCGGCAGCAAAGGUCAUUUAUGCUACGUACAAGCGUGUCAUAGGACCAGGCCCAGAGGAGUACGCAAGGAGUGUCUGUCGGCAACUCUUCAAAGACUACGAGGCGGGGCUCUCUGAAGACGAAGCCAAGGCGACGGCUUCGUAUCACGCAAAUCGUCUGGAGACUCUUAGGAAACAGAUCUCCAUUCACUAUGACACUGUCUACAAUCUGGCCGGUGCUGGGGAUUUGAUGAGAAACGUCGAAGUGAUGCUCAAAGAAGUCGCAGACGCCGUGGUUCUCGUGGAGGACAUUGAUGCUCUGGUACACAGUGGAGUAGAGACCCUUAUAACCGCAUACAGAGGAAACGAGCUUUUAUUCCAGCAGUAG